GGUGGUUUUUUUCCCCUCUCUAGGAAACACAUGAGGAGCAUGAUACUUCUACUGAAAAUGCAGAUGAUUCUAACCAUGAUCCUCAGUUUGAGCCCAUAGUUUCCCUUCCUGAGCAAGAAAUAAAAACUCUGGAAGAGGAUGAGGAAGAACUCUUUAAAAUGCGAGCAAAGCUAUUCCGGUUUGCAUCGGAGAAUGACCUUCCAGAAUGGAAAGAGCGAGGAACUGGUGAUGUAAAGCUCCUAAAACACAAGGAGAAGGGAACAAUUCGCCUCCUCAUGAGGAGGGAUAAAACCCUAAAAAUCUGUGCAAACCAUUAUAUCACACCCUUAAUGGAGCUGAAGCCGAAUGCUGGGAGCGACAGGGCAUGGGUCUGGAACACACAUGCUGACUUUGCAGAUGAAAGCCCCAAGCCUGAACUUCUGGCAAUCCGAUUUUUAAAUGCAGAGAAUGCACAGAAAUUCAAGGCAAAAUUUGAAGAAUGCAGGAAUGAAGUAGACAAGAGAGCAAAGAAAGCAGGCACAGACAAAAAUGAUAGUGCUGAUAAAGUUGCUGAAAAACUAGAAGAGCUUUCUGUAAAGGAAGAGAGCAAAGAGUCUGAGAAGAAAGAGACCAAGGAAAAAACUGAAGAAAAGCAAUAAAUCAUCUUGGGCCUUGCAGUUUUUCCCUUACUUUUUUCUUUCUUUUUUUUUUGUUUUUAUUAAUUUUUACAAGGGACUUUAUAAGGAACUGAAUUCAACAUUCAGAUUGUUUUUUCUAAGCUUUUGCCCUUUUGAAGAUGUCUUCAGAAAAUCCAUUCCCCAGUCAUGAAAAUGUACUGUGCUAACUUUCUUUUCCAUAGUGGAAACACUUAUUUAUAGUCAUCCAAAAGAGUGAAUAAAACAAACUUGAACACAGCAUCAGAGGACAGAACUGAGUUUUCUAUAUACUUUAAAGGCUUAUGAAUACUCUUGUUUCAUUGGGUGUUGAGAUGCAUAUCAUCAUACCUGUGGAUUAACUAGGUUAACAGACUUUACCAACAGGAAAGAUUAAGAUUACAUACAUAUUUCUUAUAUGACUUCUAAAACUGUAAACAGACCUUUCACACUUUCUGCUCUGUGUUCCUGAGCAGGGAAUGUGCCUGUGAUUCUUGAAAUGCAGCAGAGUUCUGGAAUCAGGUGGUAGAACAUUCCUGGCACACUAUUAAUGGUAUGUCAGACAGUGAAAAUAAAGAUGGGGGAGAAAACUUAUUACAUGAGACUUCAGAAGUAUUUCCUUCUUACAAAAUAAUCUGUUCCCUGCCCCCCAAUUUGUUAAUAUUACAAAUGCUCGACUCCAGCACAAAGUUGUUGCUGUGGUCCCAGAUCUCCUGUGAUGUGCUCCCUGCUGGCUGAAGGCAGCACCAACCUGUUAAAUACUAAGGUGUAUACAAAGGAAUCUUGUUUAAGUACCUCACUAUGAGAUUCCUUGUGUCAGCCUAUCAUAAAAGUUGUACUCUAAAGUUUAUAAGCUUUUUUUCAGGGCUUUGGAGCUUGCAUUGUUUUUACAAAGUAAGGGUUUUGAACUUUUAAGAUGUGUGGUGGAAGGCUGUUCUUCUUAGAGAGUAGUGGUCUGAUAUUCACUUUGGAACAGUUAAUUAUGCACAUACUUGAGGGGCACUCUCCUAGCCAGAAUGUGCGAAUUGAUCAAAUCUCUUCCCUGCAAGUGUUUUCUGUUCAUCUGGUUUCAGGGUAGUGCUAGAAAGUAGGAAAAUAAACUAUAGUAAGCAAUAAAAUCAGCACAAUUUUAAAGUCUGAUAGAUAAAUUGAAUUUUCUUGUUAACCACUAAUACAAGGGUAGUGUUGGGAUAGUGGUGGAAUUCUGUAAUAUUGUUUCCAAAAUAAUGGAGAACUGGACAAAACUUGCUAAACUUUAAAUUGUGUGAUAAUAUUGGAUAGCAAGACCUUUUUAUCCUCAUGAAGAGGCUUUCUGAGUAGUUCAGGCUCUGCAGUCUACCUGAGGAAAAAAGAUGUUUAAAAAAAGUCUUUCUACUUAGCACUGCCUUUUGAUGCUACAACGAACUAGUCUUAAAUCUGGAACUGCAAUUAUGGUACUCCCUUCAUUCAAACAAAGGAAUUCCUUUGGUGGUGUGCAUGUUCCUCUUCAAGUACAGCAGAUAUCAAAAGUCUGUUAA